AUGGGGUUUCCUGUAGGCUAUUCAGAAAUAGUUCUACCAAAACUCCUUCUCCACACUCUUUCUAUUCUGGGUUUCAUUAGAAAACUAAUAAACACUCUCUUUCUCUACCUAGGUCACCCUGACUUUCUUGAACCGAGCAUUUCUUCUUCUUCAACCGACAAUAUCCCUCCAUUUCGUGUCCCUGACUUCCACAACCACUCAGUCUCUGCCCUUCUCAUCCGGGAGAUCCUUCCUGUUGUCAAGUUUUCAGAACUUGUUGAUCCUUCUGCUGAUAGCUGUGCUGUUUGUCUUUAUGAGUUUGAAGAGGUUGAUGAGAUCAGACGGCUUGCAAACUGUCGCCAUAUAUUUCACAAGUGCUGCUUGGACCACUGGAUGGGAUAUGAUCAGAUAACUUGUCCACUUUGUAGGACACCGGUGAUUCCUGAUGAUUUGCAGGAGAGUUUCAAUGAAAGGUUAUGGGCUGCUUCUGGUAUCCCUGAUUUUUAUGGGGAGUAUUCACAAAUUCCUGGCUUGCAGUAG